UACCAAGAUGGACCACAAGUUAAGUCCGAAGAGCCAGAAUGUGAUGAGGCUGAGGAAGACAAUGUUGAAGAUACAUAUUCGAAUUCGGAGUCUCCACAGAUGAGUGCAUCAUCGCUGAUCAGAAGUGAUCUCAGUCUCCAUGGACCGGAGGACCAGCACUGGCUGAAGAAGAGGAAGUAUUGUGAAGAUGUCGAAAUGCAGAAAAAAGUCAGGCAGAAACGAUACGAAAGGAUUGAUCGCUAUGAUGCCCUAGGUACCCUCAUUGCUGUACAUUUGCGGGAAUUGGACGAACUUGAUCCUAUAAUGGCUGAGGAAUUCUUGCUGAAAGUCAACUCACUUCAGUUCGACGUGGCAGCGAAAAUAUUGGAAGUGAAGCGAAGGAAAACAUGA